AUGGGUUGUCCUGGUCUCGCAGGUGAUGUGUCCACAUGGUUUGUCCUGGUCUCGCAGACCUGCUUGGAGUUGGAGCGCUACCUUCAGACCGAACCCAAACGUCUUUCUGAACUUUUUGAGGAGGAUCUGGACCGCCUACUCACUCCCGCAUUCAUGCACGGCUCUGACAGCGACGAAGAGCUCAUGGAUCCACUUUUACCAUCUUUGCAAGAACCUCCCAGCCCACCCACCCCAGCAUACCUACUCAAAAGCCUGCCCAAGAUCCACUCCAAAACCCUGCUCACGUCCACCCCCGAGCUCGAAGGCAUCAAUGCGGCACAGCUCAGCGUGGCCGUGACGUCGCUAACGCCACCGUCUUCCCCUGAGCUGGGAAGACAUCUGAUCAAACCAAUGCAGACUCUAACAGCAGCGGUGGACGGUACAUUGACGCUGAAGCUUGUGGCCAAAAAGGUGGGGCUGGUGGCGGCGCACGCAUUACCGUCGCAGUGCCAGAGCGGCGGAGGCUUGGGUGUGUUGAGCGACUGUGAGCACGGGGGAGGGCCAGAGAUUCCCGAGAACAAGAAGAGGGUGCAUAGAUGUCAGUUCAACGGCUGCAGGAAGGUCUACACCAAAAGUUCACACCUCAAAGCUCACCAGAGAACGCACACGGGGGAGAAGCCGUACAAAUGUUCAUGGGAGGGCUGUGAGUGGCGUUUUGCUCGCAGUGAUGAGCUUACACGACACUAUCGCAAACACACCGGAGCUCGGCCCUUCAAGUGCAACCACUGCGACAGGUGUUUCUCUCGAUCGGACCACUUGGCUCUACACAUGAAGCGUCACAUUUGA